UAGUUUUAAUUGAUUGUAAUUCGAGCACCGCGUACGCAAAUUCGCAACCGGUUACGACAAAUCAGUAUAAGAACUUUUGUAUAAAUAGUGCGAGAUUUAAAUAGAUGGUAUCAGUUCUAUUUCACUUCGAAAGAAAAGACUUACAAACUCCAUCAAAAUGAAAUUCGUAAUUUUGAGCCUUGCUCUCAUCGCUGCUGCCUCAGCUACCCCAAUUGCUACACUCGCCGCUGGUCCAGCUCUUGGUGGAAUUUUGGCACCCGGAAUUGCCAGUCCACUUCUUGGUGCGUCAAUUGCUGCGCCACUUGGUGCCACCAUUGGUGCUCCUCUUCUAGCUCCACGACUUGCUGCUGCUCCAAUUGCUCCACUUUCAGCUGGAAUUGCUCCAAUUGGUCUCAGUUCUGGACUCCUUGGUCAAAAUAUUAUUGCUGCUCCAGGUUUGGCUUCAUUGCCUCUUGGGCUUGAUGGCUUGGGAGCUCCUCUUCUUUUGAAGAAACGUGCUUAAAGUAUUAUUAUUUUAGACAAUUAGGACUAGAUAUGAUGGCAAAUAAAUCAAAUUCUCUGUGAAGAAGUGUA